UUAUGACGUAAUGCGUGCUGGUCAUGAAGUUGAGAUCACUUCUAAAACUGGAUUUCUUCUCUAGAAUUGAAAGGGGAAAAUUCAAUUUUGUGCGUCAUAGCGUCUCAUCAGUAAACAGUGGAAGCUGUGUUUUUUCCCUUUCUUUUGAAGUUUCUAAAAGGAAUGGCUUGCCGUGGCUUAAAACGUUUUGUGUUUUGUGAAAGAUUUUGGUCAGUAUUGUAUCAACGGCAAGCAGUAUGCAUCCCAUCAAGUCAUUGCCUGCAACCUCCAAGGGUGCAAGCCACAUCACUCUUACGACCCUGGCUUGUCAGGCUCUGUGGUCUAGGCACUGGGGGUGUGUUGCUGUCAGCCAUACCUUGUGUGCCACUCAGCAGUAAUGAUAAACAUUCCUCGGCCCAUCAAGGCUCUGCUACAUCACUCCAGAGCGAUGCAGGAUCCUUAAGUCAUCAUGAGCUGAUCAAGAAUGCUGCCGCCAUCGCUGUUGAUUCAUCUUGCAUACUUCUCACUCAUUCUGCCUUGGCAGCUAUCUCACUGCGUAAGGAAUAUGCAGAGAUGGUGACAUCAUUGAGAUUGCUGUUGGAAGACCAUGCCCAGUUUGUUGGCACACCUGCACAGGAAGAUGACCUCUGGCAAGACAUCAUUCAUCAACGGGUAGAAAUUGACAACAAAAUGCAAGCAAUCGAGGAUGCUAAUGUUAUGCUGACAUCAGCCAUCUUGGUUGUUGAACGAGCAGCUGAAGCAGCAUAUCAGGCAGAUGCUGAGCUUUCUGCUUUGACAGCUGGACAGCAUCUUCAGCUAGUUCAGGCCCAGCUGGCUGUGGCCAGCAAAGUCUCCCAGAAGGCCAAAGAGCAGCUGGCUACUAUGCAGGCCCAGAUGAUCAAGGCAGCAGCAGCAGAUGGAGGAGACAGCAACUUGGAGGAAGUCCCCAGCUGAUGUAGUGAGAAUGGGGAAGUUCGUUGCAAGGAGUACAGUCCUUGGGGAAAUCUGGGCAUAGUGACAGAGAAGGUAUAGACAUGGCACUACUUUUGCUGCUUGGAAGUCGUCAUAUGCUCAGGGACACCCUCCAAAGCACUUUCACAGUUGCAUGUUGGGGCAGCAUGUCACCUCGUGGUUAAGGUUUUGGACUCCUGAUCAUGGGGUUCAACAUGAGCAGCUGGUUACAAAUCGUGACCUUGGGUAAGUUGCUUUACCCUUACUUGCCUCUCUCUACCCAGAUGUAAUAGUGGAUACCUGUUAGGGCAGACCUUGCAUGCUGCUGACUGGUCUUGUCCUAAAGAAUGGGAUAAUAAUUGUAAUUAUAAAGCACUUCAGAUUGUUGGUAUGAUGAAAAACACUAUGAAACGGAAAAGUUGGUAUCAUUGUCUUAAUGUGCUUUCAGAGAGCAAGGGUGAAAGGUUACAAAGCUAAAGAUGGGUUACAUUUCAAGAACCUGCAACAGAUUCUGUGCUGUGAUAUUUCACUCCUUGCGUAUGUAUUUGUUCUAUUCAAACUUUUGCUGACACUUGGGGAAGAUUUGAUAGUUCAACCGCUGGGAAAGCAUCAAUUCAAAGUGUCUGUGAUAUCCUCUGUGAUAUCCGUGCAGAUUUAGUAGCUAAUCAUGCAAGGUAAUUAUUUCAUGACUUCCAGAUUUUGAUCAGUCGGGGGGCUCCGAAUAUUUUUGUUUUGAGAUUCACAAAACUCUGCUAAUGCCCGGAAGCAGUUGGUGGCAAUACUUUUCAAAUCAAUCACGGACCCGUAAGGAAUAUUAAGAAAUUAAAGAAAAUAUACAAAAAUGUAUGCGUGAAAUAAAUGCAGCAUAAAGAACCAGAUGAGCAAAAAUACGGUUUGUAGGAUCAGGAUCAUGAUUAGCUGAUCCUAGUAGUUCAAGAACAGCCUUAAAGUGAUCGUACUUGAGAAAUCCCCUUGUUUAUGAGACCUGAGAUCUGCUUUGUGUAUUCACAAAAUAACUUCUGGUGAUAUUUCCUCUGGCCUUGUAACAAUUUGCCGCAAGGAUUAAAGGGGAAUGCUUUCCUUACUUGGUUUUGGGGGUAAAAAUAUUGUCCUUUUCAUCUGAAGUCCAGGGUGUCUUUAAUCAUCGCACAAUCAAGAAAAGAACUAGAGAAGGCAAUGAGUUGUGAUGAAGAAGCAGUUGAGGGUUCAGUUUAGAAACCAGAAGACCAAACAGUGGACGGAUGGCAACUUGCAUCAUGUCUUGCUUUCGUCACAUUUGCUGGGUAUCUCAGUGUCCACGUAUGUUGUCUCUGGUUCUUCCACGGUAGCUCUGGGGCAUCAGGUAGUUGGUCAGUUGAUACACUGUGGUUAUGCAAUGAUGUUGCCUUUACUUGUUGCAUUUGUGCUUGCAAAAACCUCUAAGAAAACGUAUUCCCAGACACAUUUUGAGUUUACUUUAAGAGGAAUAUUCAGUUUGCAUAAGAUGGAAUCCCUUUCCAUUACUCUUUGCUGCAUGCGUUCAUAACAUACUGGUUAGUAAUCUUUGACUUCCCAGGCGAUGAGACGUCACCAGAACGCAACACCAGAUGCGCUUCAUGACGCAGUGCAUAAGCCUAGUUCAUUUCACAUUGAUCAAUUACCUAUGUUGGUGUAUAACGGUUUCGGAAUUUGACUUGCUGUGUUUAUGGCUGCCUCCUCAAGAUCCCCUUUCGUUCGGCCAUACAAUGUGUUCCCCCAACGAGACUUAUGGCGGGACUGAAAUUUCUGGGAACUCUUGUCAUGUUCUUCUAGCUGGUUCCAUGCCUCAAUCACCGAGCUUCUUGUCUUAACAGAGAAAGCUUAUCCUUAUAUACGGCAAUGUGUGAGAGGAGCUGACUCAGCUUUUCCACUUUUACCGAUCCUGGAAAUGGGUUCAAGCGACGAACAUAUUCCUGUAACGAAAACACAGACGGAAAAAACCGGUUACAAUGAAAUAUUUUUUAUUUUCAGUUUCAAAUCGAAAAAUUAAUGAACGAAACGCACACACACCAAGUAUAAUGCAAGCAGCCUUUUUCGCCGGUGCGACACGUUAUAUUAGACUGUAGCGGGCCCAGUGUGACGCGACGCGGAAAUGUAGACUGAGAUUAUUAUACUACCGGAUCGUAGACCCCACGUCCGUUAUGGUCCCAAUAUUAACUCGGGGUGCAAUUUUGGGUAGCCUAGUUAGGGUGCGUUCGCGGUCUCCCCAUACAAUUAAAUUCAGAGAAAUUCAGUUUAUCAAACAAGGCAGCGGGAAUCGGGAAAGACGACAGAUUCUCCCUUAAAAAAAGUUAUAUAGCAUUUGAUCAGAGGAAAGCGAGACGAGAUUUGCGUUCGAUCUGGCGAAGCCUCUCCAAGACCGUAUGGGCAGUUGCCCAUUAUUUACACAAAUGCUGGAAACUAAAAUUCAAAUGAUGGUUUCCUAAUAGACACGUAUAUUUUUGUCGCACUUUUCUGAUGUGGAUGUCCGAUUCUGGGGGUUAUUUACAUUAAAGUUAUUGAUUUUGCUCUAUGUCUCAUACCCAUAAAAUAUGUACUUUUUGCACUUUGGGGGAUCAGACUAGAAGGCAAAUAUUAUUUACACGGUAGUUUUAACACAUUUUUAUCCUUGAAAAAAUCGAGACUUUGUAAUAGGUGGCCUAAAAUUCUUUUCGUGGAGAAUUUACAUUUUGAUACAAUUCGAAUCUUUCAAAAGAGUGGCAGAGAAAGGCGUGAAGGUAUCAAAUUUGCUGAUGGCUUUUCGCUAGAAUGUUUAUUUUUUCCUGCAACUAACGGAAAUGAACUAUUGAGAUGAACUAAUGAACCGCAAUGUUUGAAAAGCUGAAGCCAUUUUCCCCCAAUGAUACGCGUUGACGCGGGGCGCCAAAUCCUAGCUAAUCAGAGGUUUCGUUCAGUGUGACGUCACUGGUUGCGCCACCUCGGUACAAACAUGGCGGCGCACGAGAGAAACAGCAACGAGAGCUUAAUACUCGAAGUCCAAAGGCACCCUCUAUUAUAUGACACGUCGUUGAAUACUUGGAAAGGUGCUCUCCAAAAGCGAGAUGUAUGGGAGACUGUUGGGGCGAGACUGGACAUGCCAGGAACACAAGCUGCCAAGAGAUGGAAAGACAUCUGGGAUGCCUUUGUGAGGUCCAAGAACAAGCAAAAGAUGAAAAGUGGCAAGGCGGGGAAGAAGGUCAAACCGUACAAAUACCAACAUAUUCUGGAAUUUCUACAGCCGUACCUUAAGUUAAGAAGACAGAGAAACAUCACGGCGAAUGACGACUCGGAUGUUGAGUAUGAGAUCGCUUGCAGUGGGAGCGAUAAAGAUAGUGAACUUCAAGGUGAGCCCAGCGAAGCCCAGCAGGAUGGCACCAGCAGUAAGAACUCAUUCACGACCCCAGUACCCCUGCACUCGGAUUCCAGGGAACAGAGAAAGGAAGAGUCUUACCAAUUCCAAGAGAGACAGCACAGGGCAGUGCAGGGGGACGAAGAUGACAUGUUCUUCCAGUCAAUGGCAGCCAUUUGCAGGAAACUACCCCCUCCUCUCAGGUCAAGAGUGAAAUUCCAAGUCCACAAAGUCCUCUAUGCUGCCGAGAUGGAGCAGGACACUCAAAGUAGAGCAAGAAAUAGUAAAUGCAAGUAGCUGGGCAUGUUCUACAUACCUACAGCAGCUUACCGUCAGUAAAUAACAUUAACUGUGAAACCACUGCAAACACCUUUGAUAGUAAAAGUCGUGUUUCGUUCAGCCAGGAGCAGUUACACUUGGAUUGGGCAAAAUUUGACAAAAAGUUCUCAUGGAUCUAAAACCCAUGUUCACAUUACAACUGUUACAAAAACUGUUGGUAGUGUAACAGUGUUACACUACCAACAGUUUUUGUAACAGGGUACAACAUUCUUUUGUAUAAGUUGUUUAUAUUAAAGGGUUUUAACGUGUUUUUUGGGGGGGCAAACUGUUGGUUCGAUUAACAUUUUUGUAAGUUGUGGUACCAAUUAUCUCCAGCAGUGUCAGCAUGGUGGAACUAAAGAUUAAGCACAAAGAAUAGGAGACGGUUAUUUUAACAGUCACUCUUAGUUUAUUACAUGUAUUUCAAUGUACGUGUAGGGGCAUUCUUUGUAAUCUAAUAAAUAAGUUUCUGUAUUCAUGCACCUCUACAGUCUUUUACAUACAGGCUCCAUGGGUGUGAGAAAAAGACUAACCGGGCAGCUGGACCCCGGAUGAACCCUGGAAAGGACGUGUGUCCCCCUGUCCCCUUAGCGAAAUCCUGCUGUCGUAGGUGAAAUAACCGUCCUAAAACUUGCCUUCAUUUUAAGAAGGGCAGGACUGAGUGGGGGGAUGUACUUAAAGAACGGAACUACUGACUUUUAAUCAUGGUCUGGAGGAUCUUUGUUUAUCGUCUAUAGCACACCAUAAUUUUUAUGGGAAGCCAUCGACCGAAAAUGGGCAUACCGAGUGGUAAAUCCAAAUAUCACGUGACACAUUUGCCGUCAGUCCUUUCCGUUAUCGCUUGGUUGGUGCUAUCUGCGCAUGGUUUCGCCAUGCCCGUUGCGUAUGCAGUGAGUGUACGUGCUGCCUAGCGAGGGUUGGUGGGCAAUAUAUUUGCUCGAAUGUUCGAGCUAACCUCAACGUAAUCCCUGUAUCUUUCCGAGACGGGAUUCCUUAUACAUGUAGCCUACACGAUACAGAAAGUACCUCAAUCAUCCUCUACAAGAAAUCUUUUUACGUAAACGGCGUGACUUAUCGAUAAGACCAUGCAAUGGCGACAUGAAAGGCUUGCCACUCUAUUAUUUUAUCAGCAAAUUAUGUCAUCCGUGAUCAAACUAUGAACUGAAAAAAGUAGGAAAGUCUGACGUUUCGAGAUUUCUACCCAAAGGCAAAAUCAGAAGUUGAUACCUUAUGACGGUAAACAAACGGAAAUCAUCAAAAAUUUUACUUCAACUUUUGUUUCUGAUUAAGGACAGAUAGACAGCAAGAGACAAACGGGUAUUGUUUCAUUCCUAGUUCACAUGAUUAAGGCCUAAUGUUUAAAUGGUUCUAGAAACACGAACGUGUUAUGACUGUGCAUGUGCUAUAUGGGGCUCCGUUAAAACUUGUUGAAGGCCAAUGGCUAGCAGUUCACCUCUGUGAAGAUGGGUACAACUGCGGCCUCCUGGUCCCAUUCCCACCGACCGGAACAUUUGAAGUCUCUGAGCGACGCAGAUGCAAACUUUCACUUCCGUUUCUUUGGAUUGGUCCCUUUAGCUAUACAUGCACUACAUUUGAAUUAGUUGGCUCUGCUUUAACCCUCCAACGGAGGCAGUUUGUUUCCGUUUCAGUCUCCUCGAAAUCACAUGCAGUAAGUCCAACUUCAGGACAAGCAACAAACACUGGCGCUUUGUUUUCUGUCCCUCUCUCCAUUUUCUUCAACUGUCGAAUAGACAGCUGAUUCCACAAAGUCCUUUUUCCGACAAGAAAGUUUUUUGCCAGUCCAAUUAAUUGGGUAAAGCCUCACUGGGCUGCGACUGUUUGAGUCAGAAAGUGCAAGAAAUAUGAGACAACUUUGUAAGGGGUUGGUGACCUGUGAAAAAAGACUGUGACUGAUUGUUUUAAAAAAUGAAAAUCUGACAUUCCAGGCGCGAGACAUAAAAUAUUCACAAUUUCGUCGGCGAUUUCUGGCCGAAAGUUUGCUGGCAACUCGUGCGACAUACUAAUGUGUCAUAAGUACCAAAUCAGUGCGAGUCCAAGAGAAAAUUGUGGCUAGAUUCGCGGAUUUUCUCGCAUUUUUUUUUUGUGUCCCCGAAUAGUCGCGAGCUGUCGCAGCCAAGUGAGAUACGGCCGUUGUGGGUUUGAGUAGUGCAAGAAAAGGCACGGUUGUCGAUGGAACGAACACGUCUCUAGCUUGAUUUCCAGUUAUUUAAUUUCUGACGUAGCCGAACAUAAGUAAACUCACCUUACUGGAAGUGACCUGUUCAAAAUCUCUUUAAAAGAUGCCUUUUAAUGUAGGUAUUAUGAACAUGGCUGUACAUGUAUGUGUAAGUCUACAUUAUUACAUGCGGACCAAAAAAACAUUCCAUGAGCGGCUAGGCUCUGCGAUACAUACGUAUACGUGGAUAUUUUGCAUACCUUUUUAGCCCACGUGACUGGAUUGCACUGAAUGUAAAAAUAUUACCGCAUAUGGACUGCUUGGGCCACAGUUACCGCAUUGCAGUUUCAACCUUGUAAAAGCGCACGUGCGAACGCUGCAUGGUUGACCAGUUUAUCUUGAAUAAGUGAUUACCAUCACAGCACUAUGCACUCAUUACCAUCACAACACAUCGCGGUCCAUCCAGCACGAUUAUGACAUCGUAGGAAACUUGGUCUAGAUAAAUAACAUGUACGUGUACUUUAGUAUGAUCGUUGUGCUUGCACAUUGUACAGUACAUGUACUGUGUGUCGAUCGGUCUCGAAUCGCACGUUGAGCUAAACCGCGAAAUUUACAUAGGCCGUAUCUGUGAAAAUUGCGCAUGCGUGAUCUACUGGGCAAAACCACAGCUUCUGUUGAUGGUUUGCUGGCUGGCAGCACACUGUGAUUGUGGUGUUGCACGGUGAAGUAUAUGAGCCAGUAAAUCAUUCCAAUAAUCAUACUUACCUGGCUCAGGAGAUACCGUGAUCAAGCAGGCGGUUCUCCCACGGCGAGGCCUUGCCAUUGCACUUCGGCGGGUUGACCCGUGCGAUUCCCCCAAAUGUGGGGAACUCGGGAGUACAAUUUCUGAUAGUGGGGACUGCGUUCGCGCUCUCCCCG